GUAAGAUUGUCCGGUGUCCAUGCGCUGGGACAAAUCUUUCGGGGGGUCAAGAUCAGGUGCGCCUCGUCGCAGAGGGUUUUGGAAGCAGGUGUCUGAUCUGUGAGUCCGACAUUCAUCAUUUCACCAUCUUCCGCCACUGUUCACGAUGAAGAGCCUGAGGCUCCUGUUGGUGUGCUGUGCUUUCAUCUUGCACUUAUGCCUCUCACAGGUGAUCACCCACACACCUUGGACGCACCCUACAGCCAAGAUCUUGCCUGUUGUUUGUCUGCUGUGCGCCGGAUCUUUCAGGUCGAAUACGGGACUUUGCCUCCCGAGGAAGGGGAGAUUGAUGGAUCCAUGUCGACCCUCGCCAGGGACGUCUUGGCCGCCAUGAACACGUCUGCUGACCCAUGCAACGUACGUACACAUGCACUCAUACGCAGGAAGCCAACCAUGACAUCCUGGCGACACGUAUGUGUGUCCGUGUGUGUGUAUGUGUGUGUGGAUGGGUGUCUGUGUGGGUGUGUGUUCAGGAUCCUGACACAUUUGCGUGUGGAGGAUGGGAGACGACGUUCGAGAUGCCUCCUGAGGAGGGCCGGUGGUACAAGUCGUUCCACGGCAUUCGAAAUGAUACCAGGUGAGUAGACCUGCUGAUGGGCAGGCACGUUAUUCCAUUCGUCCGUACUGUUGAGGAUCGCCUCUCUCAUGCCCAUCGCAGAUACAUGAUUCGUGAGGUGUUGGAGAGCGGAAUUUGCCCAUCGCUGCCGGACCAGGGCAACCGCACGAGGGCGCCCGCGGAUGGAUGGGAAGUCCUUCUCUUCUGCUGGUUCCAGGUCAGUCGACCAAGCACGGAGCGACACACACAGUCAGUUUUCAUUUGGUCCGCUCUUGCUUUGUGUCAGGCCUGCAUGGAUCGUGAUACGCUGGACGAGCUGGGCACGCAGCCGAUGCUCGACUUCCUUGACUCAGAAUUGCCCUUCGUGCUGCAGCCAUCGAUAGACGGAUGGGCAGACAUGACGCCGCGAGGUGAGACACACAGACAGACGGACAGACAGACAGACAGGUAGACAGACAGACAGACUGACUGACUGACAGGCAGGUAGGCAGACAGACAGACAGACAGACAGACAAGACGGACGAGCGCAUCAGGAGCGUAUAUCAUUGUGUGUGUGUGUGUAUGUGUUGUACAUGUGAUUCAGAGAGGGGCAGUGUGGCUGUUGAGAUGCUGGCAAAGCUGCACGCUUGGGGCGUCAAAUCCACAUUCGAAGUUACCGUCGAGCAGAAUCCGAUAACGUCAGAUCCCAGAUCAGUCCUCUUCUUGUACCAGGUACGCAUCACCUAGUCAAAUGCUCCGACGGAUGCAUUCACGCCUAUCACCGUUUCGUCCUCGCGCCUCUCAGAGCGGGCUGAAUCUCAAGUACACGGAGUACGACGAGAACGACACGAUCGCGUCCUACCUCACCUUCAUGACAGCCGCCCAUGAGCUCUUUCAAGAGGCCAUUCCCUCUACAUCCUCGCUGCGUGGCGCAUCGUCCGAUGGCCGUCUAUCGCCAGCCGAGGCCGCCAAUGCGUCACUUGCCAUCGAGCAGGCCUUGCAGGACAUAUUCCUGACUCCUGUGGAGGAGAGGGACCCCGUCAAGGUCACGAAUCAGGUCACUCUGCAGGAGGUCAAGGAGCUGGCGCCCAACAUCGACUGGGACCGAUUCCUGCAAGUCUUGAGUGAGUGAGCGCACCAGACAGGAAGAAGGAAGGAAGCAAGCAGAUACAUCCAUGUAUAUGAUGGUGUCUGUGAAUGUGAAACGUGUGCAGAGGCUGAGGUCGGCCCUGCCAACCAGACGGUCACCAAUGAAACCGAGAUCGUCAUUCAUCACCGUGACUACUUUCGGGAGCUGGGGCGACUGAUCACAGAAGAGUGGGAUGACAAGUCACUGCUCGCCUACUUCCAAUCGCGACUGUUCGUGGCGUAAGCGAAUGAGCGGCCACAGCCCUCAGGCGCACACGCAGAGGGUGUGGUGUGUGUAUUCCUCCGUCUGUGUGUGUCUGUUGGGCUGUCAGUGGUGCUGGUCUUUUGAGCCGUGAGUGGACUGACCUGCGUGACACGUUCAAUCGCGAGGUGUUAGGUGUUGAGCCCAAGGAGAGGUGGGAUGAAUGUCAAAGGGCGGCGGCGCGUUCGCUGCUCAGCUGGGUCGUCACACACACCAUACUAAAGGACUUCGACCCACGGGGCAAGGUGAGUUCCGAAGGGAGUGGCGUGCAGGCAGGAUUGCUGCCAUGUUUUCAGGUGAUUGCCGAAGAGAUGCUGGCCAACGUCAGGACAGAGUUCGCCGAGGUGCUUGAGGAGAGCACGUGGAUGAGCAACGACACCAAGUAUCCACUCACACACACAGACACACACAGGAAGACAGAGAGAGAGGGAGGGAGGGAGGGAGGGAGAGAGAGUGACGCUGUGCACAAUGUGUCAUCGUGCGUAUGUUUGGAAUACAUCCGCGCAGGAUUGUGGCGUUUGAGAAGCUCGACAAGAUGGCCGACAGAAUUGCCUAUCCCGAAUGGGUGCUUUCGGCCAACUACUCGUGGCGACUGGCCGACAUGUACGGCCCGGAGGACGCAGUCACGGCCCUCGACGUGAGCUUCUUCAACAUGUCCUUCUACCUCAAGAGACAGGGGGUAAACCAAUCAUAUCACAUGAAUGAUGAAUGAUGGGAGAAUGGAUGAGUGAGGCAUUGGUGUGCCUGUGUUUGUGGGUGUGUGCCCCUGUGUGUGUGUGUGGCCGUCCAGAUCAAGUAUGCGGCAUCGUUUCAUGGUCGUGAGAGGGACGAGGAGGUGUGGUAUCGGACGCCCACAGACGUCAAUGCCUAUUAUCACCCAUACUACAAUGAAAUGGUUUUCCUCGCCGGCAUCAUCGCGCCGCCAAAAUUCCACGUAUUCGACGAAGAUGAUCCAGAAAAUGAGAUACUCGCCAAGAAGGUCAGUAGAGGAAGACAGACGUGUACAGGCACGUGCUCAUUGUCGCGUGUGUGGGGCGUGAUGCAGGUGUUGAACUACGCUGCUCUUGGCGGCAUUAUGGGUCACGAACUCACUCACGGCUUCGACGACGCAGGAAGCCAAUAUGACGCCGACGCCAAGCUGCGGAAUUGGUGGAGCGAGGACAGCAAGUCGGCCUUCAACCAGAGCGCCACGUGUGUGGACGCUCAGUACUCCAGCUACGUGGCGCUGACCCCCGCCGACCUGCCCGGCCUCACGCAAAACAUGACACUCAACGGCCGCCUGAGCAUGGGCGAGAACAUAGCCGACAUGGGUGGCAUCAAGCUGGCAUUCAGGGCGCUCAGCAACGAUCUGACUGAGGAGGAGAUGCAGACACGGCCGCUGGAGGGGGUGGACCUGACUGUCGAGCAGCUCUUUUUCGUCGGAUGGGGGCAGGACUGGUGUGAGGUCACCAGGCCCAAAACGGAGAGAAGGUGAGCAGUGCAGUGCAGCCAAGGAGCAUGGAUGGACACACAAGGAGCAUGCCUGUGCGUGGUUUGUGUGUGCAUCUGGCUGGCAUUCAGUCAACUCGGGACUGCGGUUCACUCUCCCGGUCGGUUCCGCUCGCUGGGGCCCAUCUCUAACAUGCCAGAGUUCGCCGCGGCGUUUGACUGCCCCGCUGACUCAGUGGUCAACCGACGAGCCAGGCAGGAGGACUGUCAGGUGUGGUGAGCCGGCCCGGCCCAUGGGCGGGCGGGCGGUGGUUUAGUUGGUCCUCUUUUUUCGGGGCUGAUUACCACACCGUCGGGGCGCGUUAGUGGGAAGGUGGCUUUAUCGAUCCCUGAUAGUAGGGAGGGUGGCGGGAUGUGGUCGUGUGUGUCCCCUUGGUCUUAUGGGUGGGCCGUUUUAUGGUGUGGUCCUUCAAGUGAGUUCCUUGUUCCCUUGUAUGUAUGUGUUUACCGCGUGUGGUACACGCGCUUCGUUAUCGCUUUAUUGAUUGAUUGAUGGAUUGAAGGGGCUGCCCUGCCCCCACUUGUGUGCGGAUGGAUCUGCAGACACACACAGAGAUGACUUCGUUGCGCCUGCUGUGCUGCCUGGUGUGUGUGUUUUUUCCACUGCUGGAUGCCGAGCCGAGGCUCACGAGCUAUACAUAGCAAUUGUGCACCUACACGCAGAGUGAUGUGGUGUCCGCCUGGAACUCAAUGCAUUGCAAUGCACUCAUUAUUAUUCUUCUGCCUGCUCGAGUGCGAUUUGUGCGUGGACGUCGUUGAAUCGCUUAACGGCAUUAAUGGUGAUGAGAGACAAAUAAGGUCUGUACAGGCACGCACAAGCU